AGCGCGCAUGCUCCGCCGGGCCGCCGAGCUCCCGGCCGGCGGCGGCGGCAGCGGCUGCGGAGGAAGUUUCCGCUUUGCCUCCACCCCGGUAGCAGCUUCGCGGCCGGGGACAGCUUCCUCCGGACGCUCCGCGAGCUUUGCCGCCGCCUCACGUCUGUCACAGGACCAUGGGGUUGCCCAAGGGGCCGGAGGGCCAGGGUCUCCCGGAGAAACAAGAGAAGAUGAAGAACAAAAUGUCAAGCUGACUGAAAUUCUGGAGCUUUUGGUUGCAGCUGGGUAUUUCAGGGCAAGAAUUAAAGGCUUAUCACCUUUUGACAAGGUAGUAGGAGGAAUGACUUGGUGCAUUACCACUUGCAGCUUUGACAUAGACGUUGAUUUGCUUUUUCAGGAAAACUCCACAAUAGGACAAAAAAUAGCACUAUCAGAAAAAAUUGUCUCAGUCCUGCCAAGGAUGAAGUGUCCACACCAGCUGGAGCCCCACCAGAUCCAGGGCAUGGAUUUUAUUCACAUAUUUCCUGUUGUCCAGUGGCUGGUGAAGCGAGCUAUAGAAACAAAGGAAGAGAUGGGUGACUACAUCCGCUCCUACUCCAUAUCCCAGUUCCAGAAAACCUACAGUCUCCCUGAGGAUGAUGACUUCAUAAAGAGGAAAGAAAAGGCCAUCAAGACAGUUGUCGACCUUGCAGAUGUUUACAAGCCCCGUCGGAAAUACAAACGCCAACAGGGAGCAGAAGAGCUGCUCGAUGAAGAAUCUCGAGUCCAUGCCACGCUUUUGGAAUAUGGCAGGAUAACUGAUCCCUGGAUGAGAUACGGAUUUAGCCGCCAGAGCAAAACAGAGAAGGCCGAGGACAAGAAGACGGCACUUUCCACAGGGCUCUCGGCUGCGGAAAAAGCUGAUGCCCAUGAGGAAGAUGAGCUUCAAGCUGCUGAAGAGCAACGUAUUCAGUCAUUGAUGACCAAGAUGACUGCCAUGGCGAAUGAGGAGAGCCGCCUCACCGCCAGCUCGGUGGGCCAAAUCGUGGGACUCUGCUCCGCUGAGAUCAAGCAGAUUGUGUCCGAGUAUGCAGAGAAGCAGUCUGAGCUGUCAGCUGAAGAAAGUCCAGAAAAAUUAGGAACCUCCCAACUUCAUCAUCGAAAAGUCAUCUCCUUGAACAAGCAGAUUCUGCAGAAGACCAAACAUCUGGAAGAGCUGCAGGCAAGUCAUACCAGCCUACAAGCCAGAUACGAUGAAACAAAGCAAAUGCUGACAGAGCUGAAGCAUCACAGUGAGAAGCUGGACAAAGAGCAAGCAGCCCUGGAGAAAAUAGAAUCCAAAGCAGAUCCCAGUAUCCUGCAGAACUUGAGAGCACUUGUAGCCAUGAAUGAAAAUCUGAAAAGUCAGGAACAAGAGUUUAAAGCACAUUGUCGAGAGGAGAUGACACGGCUGCAGCAGGAAAUUGGAAACCUGAAAGCCGAAAGAGUACCAGGCGGAGAGGAGAAGAGCCUGUCUGCUGGAGAGCCACAUGGUGCCCUAACCCCUGGGAUGACUCAUAAUGAAGACCUAGACAGACGGUAUAACAUGGAGAAAGAGAAACUUUACAAGAUCCGUUUACUACAGGCUCGAAGAAAUCGAGAAAUAGCAAUUUUGCAUCGCAAGAUUGAUGAAGUACCCAGCCGAGCUGAGCUAAUACAGUAUCAGAAGAGAUUUAUUGAACUCUACCGCCAGAUUUCGGCAGUGCACAAAGAAACCAAGCAGUUCUUUACUUUAUAUAAUACCCUGGAUGAUAAAAAGGUUUAUUUGGAAAAAGAGAUCAGCCUGCUGAACUCCAUUCAUGAGAACUUCUCACAAGCCAUGGCCUCCCCUACUGCCCGGGACCAGUUUUUACGUCAGAUGGAACAGAUCGUAGAAGGAAUUAAGCAGAGCAGAAUGAAGAUGGAAAAGAAGAAGCAAGAGAACAAGAUGAGAAGGGACCAGUUGAACGACCAGUACUUGGAAUUGUUAGAAAAGCAGAGGCUGUACUUUAAGACUGUGAAGGAGUUCAAGGAGGAGGGCCGCAAGAAUGAGGUGCUGCUGUCCAAGGUAAAAGCCAAGGCCUCCUGAAAGUUCCCGGACAUCAUCGUAUGUCACUGAUUUUUUUUUUCCUUUAACGCCAUGUAUCAACUGCGAGAUGGUGAAAUGGUUCUGAACACUACAGUAGAGAGAUGCAGGGGUCAUAAUCUCAGCACCCGGAUAUUUUCUUUUUCCCAUUUGCUUCCAUUUCAUCUCUCUGUUGUUGAUGGAAUCAGACGGUGUAAACAUGAUGGCUCGGAUAACACCCAUCAUCCUAUGAGGAAAUGCGGGCAGUAUUCGUUCUGCAUCGGAUCAGCUUCAAUUUCUCCAGUAACAUUGCACACAUAAACAUACCUGUAUUUGUAUGGACUCCCUGAAUAAAAAGGAAUUCAUUUGUUCAGCAAA